AUGUCAGCUACACCAACAUUCUACAAGUACUGUGACCUCCCUCGCGACCUGAAGUUGCAGAUCGUUCAAGAUGCAGCUGAAGGGUUGAUGGAGAUCCGCCAGUCCUCUCGCAUUAUGCGUCGCCAAUUCUCUCUUGGGCAGUACGCAUGCAUUGAUUUGGUGUGGCAACACGUUAUCGAGCGGCAAACCUUUGAACGACUGUAUAUCAAUUCAAGCACCAUUGACACAUUUGGGGAACUUUGUAGCAAACGUCAUGGAAUUCUGCGUCAAGUCUGUCUCGACCUGCACCCUGCGGAGAGGUAUCUAGGACCACGCUUAAGCCAGUCUGAGCCGGAUUUAGAGGCACGCGCUGCAGUCACUCAAUCAAUCGAGAAGCUUUUUGGUGUCAUGAAGGAUUGGGAUCCUGCGGAGAGAAGACAACCAGGACUCAUCAAGCUGAGGAUCUCGAUCUACCGUCGCCAGGGCAUGGAGGGGCCACCCAUCCAUUGCGAAUUUGCAAAUCUGCCACAGGUUCGUGUUAUUGGAGGCGUUCGUGUGGAGUACGGCCCGUACCUUCACCUCUCGUCAACGGUCGCACUGUACAGGAAGCUGCCAAACUUACACCACAUAUGCCUCGACCUGCCGACCAAGCCUAUGGUGCGUAGCUCCAUCCAGCAUGCCACUGAUUUGAUCAUCUCUCUCCGAGACCUUCCACACCCAAAAAAGCUCCGAGUGUCCGGUCACGGAUUCGAAAACGGAGACUGGCUUGGGAUCGAAACUCAGUUGCCGAUCAUUCAGUUUCUUACUUCGCCUGAUCUUAGAUGGAGUGAAACCAUCACAAAGCUUGACCUGCCGUGCAUCAAUAAUGUGCCCCGCUUCUUUCACGACGCUCAGAAUACUCUUUGGCCGCAUCUUAAGACACUGAAGCUCACGGGAGCAUUGCCAAAUAUGCCCAAGAUCAUCACCGUCACGAUUAUAAUGAAGCCCUCUGUCGAAAGAUCGCAUUUCAGCUUUGAUGUGUAUCUCAGGACUUCCUCGGUUCCGAAGCGUCUAUCGAUCUGGAGCAGGUUGCCCUUUGUGCCAUGUGUCAAUACUGGUUUUGCCAUAAUUUCUGAGGUCGCAGUUCCAGGACAACUUGUGACCGAGUUACAAGAUACCAUACGCUGGGACCGAGAGACAAACACAUGUGACCGAUAUCUGAUGGCUUCGACGCCUGGUACCGUGGAACAUCAGCUGACGCCGGUGGAUGAUUCCAUGGAGUCUGAGGCCGCUGGUUCCUGGCGGACCUUGGGUAGAACUUGA